AUGAGCACACAAACUUCCAAGAAUACCACAGAAGCAGGUAAAAACCGGCCCCAGAAACAGAAGGAAAAAGGCCCCGCCGGUGGGCAGUUGGUAAGGCUAACAGACUUGGUUAAAACUCUACAGUUUGCAUGGUUCGCAGGUCAUUUGACAGUGUUGGUGAUGGGGUCGUUGUAUAUCUUAUCCGUGCGUGGAUCUUCCCGGUUCCAUCAGGCAUUAUACUCCCUGCUAUAUCUUGGCGUCUUAGAAUCUUUCGGAAUCAUCGUAUAUCAGCACCAUUAUAAUGCUGGAUCAAAACAACCAGGAAAGGGAUUCACCAUCACGGAGUUAAUACAGGAUGAGAAUUUCCUGUACUGUCUACUAGCAAUGUUAUGGCUAUUUACUCCUCGCUUCCUAUGGACCGUACCCCCCUUCUUCAUCUUUUCGCUUUUUCACGCGCUAACCUACAUCAAGAACGUCAUUCUUCCCGUCGUCUUCCAAGCAGAUGACAAAAAUUCGCUGGUACAGCUCAUUUCGCGUUUCCUACGUGAGAACCAUGACAAGUCCCUAAGCUGGUCGUGUACUAGCGAACUUUUAUGUUAUGUUGUUGUCAUCUUCCGCGCCCUAGCCUUUAGACCGAGUUCCUGGAUUGUCUUCGUGCUUUAUUCUAUUUUCAUUAAAGCACGUUACGAACGCUCCGCAAACAUGAAAACAGUUGUGCGUAAAUGGGAAGCUAGAGUCGAUGGUUUAGUAUCUCAUCCACAAGUUCCCCCAGCUCUCAAAAGGAUUUAUGCCUCAUCCAAGAUGUAUAUCAGCAAAUUGGGCAAUUACGCAAUCACUAGACAAAGUGUUCCUCCUUCCAAACAGAACUAA